CUUAAAGAAGGAAGGAAGUUAACUUUGUUACGAUAAUUUGUACCUGAACAGAAGGGAUCCAAGUGCAGUGAAGGUACGUUGCGUGCAGGUAAAGUGAUAGCCGUGUUGGGACAAGGAGCCUGCAUAUACAUCUGACGUAAAGUAACAGAAAAUGGCAUCGAUAAAACCAGGAGCUCGAGUGGUCAGAGGACCUGAUUGGGCAUCGAAAAAGCAGGACAGCGGUGAGGGAUUUCUGGGUACCAUAAUAUUCGUACCCAAAUCUGGAUCGAAUGAUAACAAGGUGACGGUGAUCUGGGACUCUGGAAUAGAGCGCCGAUACAGAGCGGGUCAUAAAGGAAAGUACGACCUUAGAGUGUACGACACAGCUCCUACAGGCAUCGUUCACGAUCACAUUGUUUGUGAUGUUUGUAACGAUACACCUGUGAAGGGAAUUCGAUGGAAGUGUACCGACUGUGAAGACUUUGAUCUCUGUAACCUUUGUUACAUGAAUGACAAACAUGACACAGGGCACGGUUUUGUAAGGAUUGAUACCCAGAACUCUAGUGCCACUCCUGUUCCUCCCAGGACCGGUAGUAAAAGCAUACAAGUGUUUGGCCUCUUCCCCAAAGCUGAGGUGAUGAGAGGGCCGCACUGGAAAUGGAAAAAUGACGAUGGGGGUGAAGGUGAGGUGGGAAGAAUACAAGAAGUGGUGACCUGGAACAAGAAGUACCAUCGCGGAGGCGUAAAAGUGAUGUGGAAGAAUGACUCCAGUAUGAGCGAUUACAGAGUGGGUGCGGAAGGCUGUGUCGACAUCAUCUUCACCCGGGUGAAGAAUGCUACAUCCGGUGGAAAAUAUUAUCCAGACCACUUAUCUGUUGUUGAUGUCGAAAAAUCCGGAAUUAUCCUUCUAAAGUCUGGAGACAAGGUGCGUGUUAACUUAACACAGAAGGCCUUCAAACAGCUACAGGACAACGCGAUAUACGGGGGAUGGGAUGUCAAUAUGGACCAGUGCAUUAAAGAGUUGGGCACAAUUGUGCAGAUUUUGUAUAAUGGGAAAACUUGUCGAGUGCAGUAUGUGGAUGGCACAGUCUGGAGUAUUAACAGAGUCGCCUUGACAAAGAUCCAUACCUUUACACGAGGAGAAGCUGUGUCGAUCCUGUCUGAUUAUAACGCUGUCAGGGACCUACAAAGUGGACAUGGUGGGUGGAUUGACGACAUGAAAUCUGCCCUUGGAGGAAUUGGGCGUGUUGUGGAUAUAGACCAGGAUGGAGAUAUCCACGUGAAGAUUGAUGAGAAAACAUGGGUUUUCAGUCCAGUUUGUAUCCUGACAUUAGAAAAUCCAGACGACGCAACCAAAAUACCCGCCAUUCCUGCCGCAAAAUCAAUUGAUUCGAAUACAUCUAAAUAUGAUGUGUCAGAAGGAGUGGCCAAAAUAUAUGCGGACUUGAAACGAGAACAACCAGAUCAAGUUGCUGGUCCUGUUGCAAUUUUUAAGGCUGCUGGUCAGGGCGAUCUUCAAACUGUGAAAGAAAUCAUCAGAAAAUACCCAGAUGCGGUAGAUAGAAUACACGACGGGACGACAGCUUUGCAGAUUUCAUGUUACGAAGGUCAUGUUGAUGUUGUGGAAUUCUUACUAAAAAGUAAAGCGAACCCUAAUGUCAAGGACUCUGAUGGUGACUGUCCACUACAUUACAGUGCUCAUGGAAAUGAACCUAAAGCGAUGGAAACACUCUUGAAGAACGGUGCUGUUGUUAAUCUUGAAAACAAGAAGAGACAGACUCCUCUGCACAUAUCUGUUGGAAAGAGUAGCCAUGAAUGUGUCAAAGUACUGCUGGAACACAAAGCCAAUCCAUCGCUUAAGGAUGAUAAUGAUGACACAGCAAUGCAUGAUGCAAUAAGUCAAAAUCAACCCAACAUUGUAAAGGAUGUUCUUGGAAGUCCACUUGCCAAUUACAAAGAAAUCAACACGAACAGCUUCAAUGUUCUGCAGUGGGCAACCAUGAAAAAUUCGAAAGUGGCUGUUGAUACAAUUCUGAAAAAGAAUACCAAAAUAGUUGAUGAUAAGACGACUGAUGAUUUCACAGCUCUGCACCUUGCCGCUGUAAAUGACUAUGUUGAGAUUGCCAGUGCUCUUAUCACUCGAGGUGGCUGUGACAAGAAUGCAAGAGACAAAUCCAACAGAACGCCUUUAAUAAUUUGUGUUGCUCAACGUCACGAACGAACGAUGGAGGUUCUUAUAGCAGCCGGUUGUGAUGUCAAUGCCGAGGACUCCAAUGGAAACACGGCCUUGCAUGUCGCCCAGAUACCGAACAUUCUUUCUAUGUUUGUGCAAACGAAAUCAAAAGGUGACAAGAAUGUCGACACUAAAAUUUUAUGCGCUCUGCUUGAGGCCAAAGCAGACAUUUACAUUAAAAACUUGGAGGGAAAAUCACCACUGGAUUUGGCUGAUGAUGAAAGAAGCAAACAAUUUAUGAUUAAACUGUCUCAAAGUGCUAGCGCUGCGACACUUGAAACUACGAAAAAAGGCAUUGGUAUUCCUUCUGACUGGGAAAAAAUGGCAUAUUCAGAGCCAUUCAAAAGAGUUCCACUCUCGCCUCAUGUUGGUGGUAUGGUGCAAAAGGAAUAUGAAAUGGUUGUUCAAAAGUUUCAGAAGACGCUGGGACAGGCAAAAAUUUUGCAGAUAGAGAGAAUCCAAAAUGUGUUUAUUUGGGAAUGUUACCAAUUGAAACGAAGACAGAUGGAAUUUAAAUACGGGGGCAUUGGAUGUUCUAAUGAGAGGGAACUCUUUCAUGGUACCGUACCUGAAAUUCUAGAUGUCAUCUGUAAAGAUAACUUCGACUUUCGUCUGGCUGGUGAGAGAGUCGGGGCGUUAUUAGGCCAAGGUUCAUAUUUUGCCAGAGAUGCUAAAUAUUCUGAUAUGUAUGCAAAACCGGAUAAACAGAGAAACAAAUACAUGUUUCUUGUCAAAGUAUUGUGUGGUAAAUGGGAUUGUGGACGCCAAGAAUACAAAAGGCCCCCGCCGGUAGAUCCGACAAAUCUUCAUUCAGAGCUGUAUGAUUGCUGUGUGGAAAACGUGGACGAUCCCAAAAUAUUCUGUGUAUUUGAUAAGAAUCAGUACUACCCAUAUUAUCUUAUCAAAUACAUAUAGAUAUUUGUCACAUUUCCUAACCAUGCAUGGAUGUAGUCUCUGUGCUGUGACGUAACUAGACGUGAUGUAGUCUCUGUGCUGUGACGUAACUAGACGUGAUGUAGCCUCUAUGCUGUGACGUAACUAGACGUGAUGUAGUCUCUGUGCUGUGACGUAACUAGACGUGAUGUAACCUCUAUGCUGUGACGUAACUAGACGUGGAACAAUGAGCAGUAUAAGUGAGCAUUGUUGCUGCAUUCAAAGAAUGGAUAGAUCUUUUCAGAAAUCUGACAUUCGCUAAAUGUUCAUUUAGGUUUACAUACAUCACAAACAGCUGUGAUGUGAGUAAGUUUGUAUGUCUGUUCAUCUUGCUUUCAUGUAUCAUGAUUUCAAUGUAUGUAUCUAUGUUGAGAAACCGUUUAUCUUGGGUUUUAUUGUCAUUUACUUGCAAAAUAACACUGUUGUGCAUAUAAAAUCAUUUGCUGUG